AUGAACGCUUUUGGACACCAACCAUCUAACCAGCAGUCCAGCCCCAUUCAGCACCACAGCGCGCAGGAGCUCCUGGACAUGGCCGUGUACUGCGAUAACUACGGUGUGUACCAACAGAAUCUCCACCACCAUCACCCACAGAGGCCGCCGACGCACCCCUCCAGCUACGGCCUCGGAGAGUACACCUCCCCGUCCACGAACCCGUACCUAUGGCUGAACGGACCCAGCAUCAACUCCUCUCCUUAUCUUCCCGGGAACAACGGCACGUCCUAUAUUCAAUCUGGAUACGGCUCGAACCAGAGGCCGUUCUUACCGCCUCCCACCGGGUUUGGUGGAGCAGACCUGAGCUGGCUGUCCAUAUCCAGCCAGCAGGAACUCUUCAAGAUGGUCAGACCACCUUACUCCUACUCAGCACUGAUCGCCAUGGCCAUACAGAACACUCAAGACAAAAAGUUGACUCUCAGUCAGAUCUAUCAGUAUGUGGCUGAGAACUUUCCUUUCUACAAGAAGAGCAAAGCUGGCUGGCAGAAUUCAAUCCGCCACAACUUGUCACUGAACGACUGUUUCAAAAAAGUGGCACGGGACGAGGAUGACCCCGGUAAGGGAAACUACUGGACGCUGGAUCCCAACUGUGAGAAGAUGUUUGACAACGGGAACUUCAGGCGGAAGAGAAAAAGGAGAGCUGACAUUACCGGGGCUGACAGCACCGCUCUACCCGUCAAGUCAGAAGACGGCCCGCACAAGCUCUCCGACACCGCCAGCCUCCUGAGCUCCUCCCCGCCCAGCCUGCACGGAUCCCCGGCCUCCCCCACGGAGCCCAAGUCGUCCCCGUCUCCGUCCGCGGAGCACAGCCCGUGUUACAGCCAUUUCGUGUCCAGCGUGAACUCGCUGCUGGCGGGAAGCAACGAGGGCUCGCGGGGCGGGGAGCGGGACUACGGCUCUGGGCAUCUGUCUCAGACCAGAGAGGGCAUGUCUGGACUCGGCUCCUACUCGCCCACUUUAAUCUCUCCUCUGAACUCUGACAAUAACAAAAUGAACUAUUACACAUCAGUACAGAGCCUCUCCAACCAUUUUAGUGUUAAUAACCUCAUAUACAGCCGGGAAGGAACAGAGGUGUAG